CUGACUCAAAGGCAACGCAUCAACGAGCUGUAUCACAAAACCACAGACACUGUAAUGACUAAAAUAUAUAGAACAAAUAAUUCACCAUCCUGACAUUAGAGAGACAAAAAUGUCCUUAAGGGAUGCGUUUCAGUUGUGAAGGGGUCUUUUAGGACUCAUGCAGGUAUUGUGCAGCAAAAUUAAUUUGACUUUAUCUGUAUUUGAUAAGUGAGUGACUGAAGAAACCACACACAAUGCAUUGUUUAAAUAAAUCCAACCAGACACCCAAAUCUAACACCAAAAAAGGUAACACAAGGCAAGUUAGGAUCUAUUUGUCUUGGGUAAAAACAUGAAAGCAGGGAUAUGAUCCACACACAAUACCGUGAAAACACAGGUCACAAAAGGUGGCAAAUUUCACAAAUGAUUGUCUUUCGCAAAUUGCAGAUCAUUUAUUAAGCCUUACAGUGCUUUUGCAUUCUCAUGCACGGGCUGCAGGUAUGGAGUUUGCUUUGAUGAGUGAAAUUCGUCAACAUGUAAGCAACAGGAAAAUAAAUGUUGCAAACUGCAGCUUGCAUGUUUUGCAAAUUUGGUGAAACAGAUUCACGUUUACAGUUUAAAGAUGUUGAUGACGAUGAUGAUGAUGGUAAAGGGUUCAUACACUAAAUUAAACACUAAAUAUGAAGCAACAGUCAGUGACGUGGUUUUAUUGGAGUGUUUACACUUUUUCUAGAUUGAAAAAAGUAGAUAUAACAUGUUAAUUGGGGAGUUUGGAGGUGCUGGAAGCUAAGCUAUCCGCUUACUGGCUGUAGUACAAUAUUGACCACACAAACAAGAGAGUAGUGUGAAUCUUUUCAUGGCGCCUGAGCGCUCUUUCUGUGCACCGCCAGGGUUUGUCAGAGGCCGAAGCGUCUGUUACUGACACAUUUCAAAGGUGUCUUUCCCAAAAUGGCGAACCAUUCCUUUAGGGUGGGACAAAGAUGUGUUUACUUCCACAUGUAACUCAAGGGGGAAAUCCUGAGAGUUUGAUAUUUAAUCUCUUUUAAUUUUGACUACUCAGCCGUUUAUAAUCUGAUUUAAGAUUAAAGUUUAAUGUCAAAUGUAUUAUAUUGACAGCUGUUUAAAUUCAAGAUUUUCUAUAUUGGUUUCCAAGAAGACAUUUGGUUUGAGCAUCAAGGUUGCUGUUUUACAGACACACACACACACACACAUACACACACAUACACACACACCUUUCAUCCAUAUUCACAUUCAGAAAACAGGUGCCUCAAUCCUUCGGUGGAUCAAACUCUUUCUUGUCUUUAUAGUCACACUAAUUGAUCCUGACGUACCCUUUGCUGAGUGUUUAUGAAACAAAAGACAUUAAUUCACAAAGCAGUGUUUUAAGUUCAGAGAUCUGAUGAGCAUAAAUCAAAGCAGACACAAUUUUAAAACACACAUGUGCUUUGUUGUUUCCAGACAGAGCAAACUGCUGGAGGGCCUCAGCCUCCAGGGAAUUUUAUCGUGAUGACAGCUCAGCUAUGAGCUGACUGUGAAUUCAGCUCAAACGCUCCAUCUCAUUAAAGGAUAUCACAGAAUCACUGAGCUGGUUGAGUUAUUGAUAAGUACUGGUCAGCAAUGUUAACAUGGGCUUUAAAAAAUAUGCGAGUUUUAAACUUUAAGACAUCCAUUACAUUCUUCAAAGCCGUUUACGCUGAUUUGUAGCAGCUUAAAACCACGUUGACCUACUAUUGUGUGUUUUUAAAAAUGCUUUGAAAUACCAUUUAGUGUACCUCGGGGGUUCAUCUUCAACACCUGUGAAAGUUAAGACUCUCAGCUUAGUGUUGCUGUGUGACACAGUCACUCUGAGAUGCUGAUUUAUUAACGAGACCAAGAGUCUGCAGACAUGCUUGAGUCUCUGUGAGGCUGCAUGCUAACAUGCUCACAAUGGCAAUUCUAACAUGCUGAUGUAAUGCAGUUGUAAUGUUUACCAUGUUCUUCAUCUUAGUUCAGCCUGCUGGCAUGCUCAUAUUGGCAACUAAGCACUACAGCUGAGGCUGAUGGGGAUGUCGUUGUUUUUGCAGGUCAUAAACCAAAGUAUUUGCCACAUUAAAUCUUUCAGCUCGAUGAUGGCGCUAGAUGAAAAGUCAGAGCAGUUAUCAUUACGUCAAUGUCAAUAAAUAGUAUUUCAAGGCAAUAGUUGUCAAGAUACUUCAAUCAAAACUCUCUUUCAAUCCCGACACCGAUAGCGUUAGCUGGGCUCUGGGUAUCGGCCGAUGCUGAGUACCGAUCCAAUAGCAGUGCUUAAUUAAUAAGCUGUAUUCCUCACUGUGCAGAAGAGACUGGGACCAUUCCCAGUAUGUGUAAGACAACAUCAGGCUUGACAUGAACAUUGCUUUAAAACAAAGUGUAAAAAAUAAAUAUUUUGAGUCAAAUUGUUAUUUAUUAUUAAAAUUUAAAUAAAAUUGUGCACCGGCAACUUGGUAAAUCUAAAAAAUGAACAUGAAUUCAAUUCAAGUGUAAAAAACUUAAACGGGAAUUAAUAUUCCAAUGUAAUACUGUCACUGAUACCCUAUUCAGCUACUUGAGCCAGUAUCGGCCCGUUAUCUGAUAUUGGUUUUGAUCUUGGGGGGGUCACCAAAGUCUUUGCUGCUGGAUUCGUCCUCUGGAGGUCUCUAGAUGUCUCUAGAGGAUGACAAAAUGUAGUUGUUGAAAUAUAACAGUCUGAUCCGAAGUGAUGAACUGACAGACUGACAUUGCCAUACCUAAAGCAACGCAACUAACAAGGUUAAAAAAAACUGAAAAUAUGAAAGCAUUUGCAUUGUCUCAGUCAAAAAAAAAAGAAUAGUCGUGACUGAUUCAACAAAAGACCUAUAUUUUAAAAAUGAUUACAAAAUCAGCAUUCAGUCUCCACCCAGGACAGUGGACAGUGGAUGCUUUUAGGCUGUAAUUGACAGAUUAGUGUUGGCCUUGAUUUUGAGCCACAUACAGCAAUCAUAAGCCUUCAUCUGAACAGGAAAAGACAGUGUAUAGUGUCUAGUAUUCUCAUAUCCUCUGUUGCUCUGUAAGUCAUAGCGAGUGACUUACCACAUCGAUGUCAUUUGUCUUUAUGGCAUGCCACUCAGAGGACGCGUCACAUUGCUCGAGAGGCCACUAUCUCACCAGAGACUGUGAGCCCAGCUAAGGGCUCCUGGCCUUUCCACCGUAUAUUUCUUUUGUACAGGCUGUGUGUGCACUGGAGGAAAACUUGCUGACUUGCCCAAACUCAAAUGCAGCUGAUGGAAGUAACAGUCCGCCUUACAGUGAGUGAUGAGACUGCAGGAUGCUGAGCUGAGGAGCAGUUUCCAUUGCAUCCUACUAAAAUGUCACAACAGACACAACACUGCCUCUGAGCCGUUGGGUGAUCUGCGGUCAAUUACGAACAAAAGAAUCUCGCCUGAUUGGCUGUUUCAACAGAAAACUGAAGAUAUUAAUCAACUGAGUGUAUGAAUUUAGGUACAUAACUAUCAUUGCCCAUCAGCGUAGCGCAAAAUAAUCAAUAGUGGUUAAGACUUUGUUUAUAUCGAUUGUUUCUUUUGAUUGCUUUUCUCUCUUGAUAGUCAGGGGAGGACUUUGGCGCGUCGCCCACUCCCGCUGUCAUUUGUGUUGGCAAGCAUCGCACUUGUUCACAGAAAGCUUGAAUCAGAUUUUAGUGCUAAGGCUGCAGAAAGCACAACAGAGAUGGAGAGGGGGGGGGGAAACUACAGCCUUUUAUGCACCCGAUGCCUUUGUGUAAAGCAGGAGUUAUUUUUCCCCGUUCAUCAACAACACCUCGUCCUAUUUCAAAGCAGCAGCGUUUACAGCAAUUCUUAAUGCUUUAGGGAGAUGCAUUAGUGCAUCUGUUUUAGUAUUAAACAAAAUCUUAUUAUCUACACCACUAAUCACUCUUCUCUCUGAAAGGAUAGGAAUUAAUGAUAAGAAAUAGUAAACUGUAACAUUUUCCAGGGGAUACACCGUCCUUGCUAUGUGUGUUUUAUAUGGAUCAAUGUCGAGAUGAUUCUGAACAUGCAGUUUAUUCCUAUGUGCAUUAUUUUUCAUCAUGACAAUGGGGAAAAACAUUUUUUACAUACACAAAACCUACAUUGUGUCCUUGGUGCAGUGUGGAUGCUAAACUGAGGUCGUUGUUUCUGUUUCAUGUGCCUUGAUUUGGGGAAAGAUCUGUUUUUAAUGCAGUAUUUUUCCUGCCCUCUCAGCUGUUUUGUAAAAUGUUAAAGGAAUGUUUGCUGCAGAGACUAUAUAACCAGGUGAGUUGCAGGGAAACUGAGAGAGUAUCAGCAGGAGCAGAUGCAACUAAGCCAAGAUGAAAAGCGCAAUUAAAUUAAUUACUCCUUAACAGAUCAGGAUCAGUCACCAACUGGGCCUUGAGCUUUGCCUUGGUCAAAGUCUUAAUCUCUUAUUAGUUCUGCUUGCCCCAUCCCACUUCUAAAAUCUCAUCCUUGGCUGCAGUCUACCGUGGACAGAGGCACUCCCCCCCCUAACCACCACCAAAAAAAGCCCCAGCGUAAGCAUUUAUUCGCUGCUCAGUCUUCGGAAAGUGCUUGCAGACACAUUUACGGAGAGAGCAACUGCAGCUGAAUUAACCAAUCUGCAUAUUCAGGGCCUGUUAGAGGGAGAUUGCUCCCGUGUGUUGAAGGCGUGGAGGUGGGUGCAGGGGGUCGGGCCUGAGUGAGACACACCACAAGGGCUGAGGGAAGAGACAGAGAGAGGAGCAGAGUGUGUGGGUUUAUCACGACUACUGUAGGAGGCCUUAUAGGAACGAGGCGGGGGGCUGUGAUUGGGGUAGCAGCUGAUUUUCUUUUAGGUACGACAGGUCUGUUAUGUAAGAACAGAGUCUAAAGGAUGAGAGGUUUUUUUUAACCUAUAGGUGAUGGGCCCAGGGGGGUGGUUGGAGGUGAUUGAGGGGGUUUGUAUGUGACACUGAGGUGGAGCUGGCUAUGUAUGAUGCAUGUGAAGGUUGCGUGUGUCAUCCACAGGCUGCGUGGAGGACAUGGCAGAUGUUGGUAUGUUUCUGGAGGCUGUGACUCAGGAGGCCUGCCUACGUUUCCUCUGAUGGGACAUAUGGCAGGUCACUGAAGGCAACAUGCACUGUGUGUGUGUGUGUAGUAUCACACAUCUUGUAGCAAUGCGUUGACUUUACAGCAGCAGCAAAAAUAAAUACAUUUGAAACUGGAUAAACUAGAUAAUCGUUAAUAUGUAAUGUGUAAUAGUGUUUCAUGGUAACAGUUUUAUGUUACAUCCAUACUUCAGGAUGACCUAAAAUGGAUUCCCUGUAGCUCUCAGUAACACUGCUACACUGAUCAAAAUACCCUCUUGCUCAUUUCUUCUUCAAAGGAUGCUGGGACUAUAAACAGCCGAGACCUUGGUUGUCAGUGGAGGAUUUGAAGACAAUGACUCGUGCUUCUGAAUUGUUUUUAUGGUCGUGCUUGUAUCCCUCAUCUACAACAAAUCAUUUUGAAGAGACUCAAGACUCAAACCCACAUCAAUCCGAACAACUCUAUUGACUUCCCCGCAUGAUUUAUGUCAGGAGAAGAGACCUGGACAGUAAGCGCCAUCGGCAGCCGAGGAUUAGUGAAAAUGUAGCACUAAACCAACAUCACUUCCAAUAUUUUCCAUUCCAAAAAUGCAAUCUAUUAAUACCACAAUAACAAGAUUUCAUUAUAAUUUUGGCUUAUUUUCAAGGAGGACUUGAUGUCCAUGUUACCCCCCCUCCCCCCCCCCCCCCUUUUGAGCUCAUGAGUGUGGGGUCAAGUGAAGGACAACCAGCAGAAUGAUGUAAUGUUUGAAGGAAUCAAGAUGGUAGCCAUGGUGGGGAAGUCAAGCAUGAAGAAUGAAACACUGGGAAGGUUGUCCCAAGACAAGUUAAUCAAUCGCAGGAUUUGAUGCUCACACUUUUGGACGCUCUGUAGAUUACAUUGUCUGUUGAUUGAUUAUCCUGAGAGGAACAUGCACUGUUUUUGGGGAAGCGAUAUUUUGUAUUUACUAAAAUGAAAUUUUACAGGCAGCAAAUACGCUUUGGAUCUACAUGUGUUUAUUUGUCAUGAUAGCAUAAUAUCCAGUCAUGAACAUACUAUCUUUGUUAAUGCCCUAAAUAUAAACAAAUGUAAACUAUUUAUUAGGUCUGCACCAGGUCUGACUUAUCGUUUCAGCUCUUUUAUUGUUAUCAGCAAUAUAAUUCAGUGACAGUUUAUCCUUUAUUCAUUGAUGGUUGAAAUAAAGCAACAUGCACUGUGAUAAGACUGUUAUUAGUCUCAAAUAGCACGAUACUGGUUCAAAUCACAUGAGAUUCAACACAACAGAGCUCCAUUCAUGGUCAAAGAAUCUAAAUUGAAAUAAAGCUAAAAUGUCUAUUCUAUGUUUGAGAAUGAAUGAAAGGAUGAAGUGUGUGUAUAUUUCUUAAAUUUAUUUAGAAGUGUGUGUGUGUGUGUGUGUGUGUGUGUGUGUGUGUGUGUAUCACACAGCCUGCUGUGUUGCUGGACAUGUAGGAUGUGCGUUGAUGCCCAGGGAGGCACCAUAUGCUGUUUAGACUCAGGAGCAUCCCAUCACGGCGGACCCGUGGGUGAACAACCGCAGCUCCUUCUUGUGUCUCCCUCCAUCAGCUCACGCAUGCAUCAUCGGCCAGCAGGAGAAUAAAUCACUAAAUCACACGGAUCCACUUUCCUCACGCUUGUUUUCACGCCACCAUGAAUAAUUCUUCAUAUAGAUGUUCCUUUUUUUAAGGCGGGAGACGGUCAUGCUCGACGCAUAGUGUUCAGCUGAAGUCCUGCAGAGGGCAGAGUUUUACUAUCUAUAUGUACAGGAACACAGUGAACAUCCAUGUUUGUGUAGCUGAUGCAAUAGAAGAAGGAGGGGUUGGAUGUGCAGUUGGGAUGUUGGAUUUGGAUGAAUGUUUAGCUCUGAUAUGUGGUGAUAGAAAUGUUGUUGUAGUUGCAAAGAAACAUAUUAUUUAAAAAAAACAGGUGGCAGUGCAGCGGCUAGAAUGGUAAGAGUUGUUGGUAUGAGGACUCUUCAUACUCAUGUUGGUGAAGUCAAGUAGGAAAACAUAGUUUAACCACCCACUCAUCAGAUGGAUUACACAGGGGGCAAUCUUGCACUGUUCCCUCUGUUAAAAGAAAAAUAAUUGGGGUUUCUUUUUGUAUUUAUCAAUGAGUCCACCUGUAGUUGUGAUCAAAAUGCAAUUCCAGUUGAAUUAAGAAAGUGGAGAUUUAUAGCAUUGUCUGGCUUCUUUUCCGCAGUGCGGUAAAUUACCCCUGGGUGAUUUUUCUCCCUUUUUCUUUCCUGUCACCCCCAUCACCUGCCCUCCACAAUGCCCCUUCAGUCUGGUCCGAAGGGAGCACCUGAUCCCACACCACCAAGGCCUCUAAUUGCUUUACUCUCAUCCUGAGCGAGGGUGCUCUCCUGGGAAAAAGACAUGAAUAGGCUUAUGAAUCCAAACUAAUUUAAAGGUCUGGUAAAUGGAAAAUAAAAAAUAAAGCCACCUCAUUAAUAAUUGAACUGGUAGGUCACAUUGAGGGUGACACUGCGGGGGAGGGGAUUACACUUGGUGGUAAAAGAUUUUCAUAUCUUAUCACAACAUUGUGUGGUUUCAGGGCAUUGCUGUAAAAGAGCAUAAUGCUUGGUCAAUUUUGCCUGAAUAAACAAUGGUUGAUAACGUUAUAGGUUUUAGAGACGUCUCCAUGGGCUUAUGUGAGAAAAGCUGCAGAGUAUUUGUGGUUAUUAAUUAACAGAUAAUUAAUCUGCCGUCACCAUUUCCAGCUGUCUCUGAAAUCACAAUCUGAUGGAUCAGGAUCUUGCUCCUUUAAAAGCUUUCAUUUUCCUCAAGGAAUUCAGCUUCAUGGUCUAGCACUGCAAUCUGAUCUCUUGUCUUAAAAAGCAAAAUAACUCCUAACUCACCAUUUUUCUGUUGAAGACCUCUCUGUCAUACACAUAUCCACAUUAACUGAUUGGAAUUGUUCAUCUUUAUUGGCAUUAGUGCUGCCCUCCUGGGAUAAACAUACUUAGGCGAUUGAUUCUUUGGAACUGUAGGCCUACAUGAUGCUGUAGUUUGAUCCAGAGAGGAUUUGGAUGUCGGUGGCCUGGUGUCACAUGAUCAGCAGGGCCGGGGAUGUGAGGUCACCUGAUAUGUCUGAGCUCUCAGCUGUUGGUGGGAAAAAAUUGAGAUGAGAUUAUGGGUUAAUUUUGGGAGUCUUGAAAAAUAUGUAUUUCCUCCCUGUACAUGGGUUCUGAUUUUUAUUAAUGAAUGUGCUUUGUCAACCACAUUCUGUAUGUUCACAGUCUCCUUUUGUUACUGCCUGUAGCUCAACAACAUUACUGAAUGCCACUUUUCAUAUAAUAUCUACCUUGCAGCAUUUCCACUGCAGCUAGUGCGACACAAAAAUUGUCAAGCAUGUAUCUCCUUGCAGAUGACAAUCCAAUUGUUAUUGAAAUAUAUUAACUGUUAAUUCCAUUUGAACUGCAAGGAAGCAAUUCACAAAGAACUGCAAAAUAUGUUGUUUAAUUGUUUUAGUUGGCCCUUGCAUAAAAGCGGAGUGCACUAAAGAGUAAAGCCAGUUGCAUUAUUAUCCAAAUGUUAUUAUCUAAUGCAAAAUCUAAAUAUUAUAUAUGCCUUCUUUUGUGGGACAGGUGUUACAAUCACAUACUGUAAAAUUAGCUGCUAAUAAGCUGGACAGAGAUCAGGAGGCUGCAGCCAAAAUCUGUCUCCUGCAUGGUUCAGCUGCAUUCUACUGCUGCACAUCCUCAGCUCUGCCUCACCGAGCUCACGCUUCACUCCUCUAUAAAGCAUCUUCUGAUAAGUGAUUUUUCUGACUGCUGACUUUACAAGAUACCUCAUGCUUGCUAGAUUAUGGGCCCUUGCUUCACCACGUAAUCGUGAGGCAUUAUGACACCUUGUGUAAGGACUUUCUGUCCCAAACAAAUGGGUUGGCUGUCAAGUCAGUGUGCUGUUUUCUCAUGUUAGAGGUCAGUGAUACUGACAGAGGACAACACGGAAAUCACAGAAAUACAAGCCUCUGUGCAGACGCCAGCUCACUCCCUUAUGAGAUUACAUUGAUGUACUCCAAUUUGUAAAACCAAAGACUGGAUAACAAGAUGAGAAGCACAAAAUUUUGAGUAUCAUCUUUUCGCCUUGGCAACACGGCGUCACAUAUUAUCAUCUAUUCUUUCGCAUUGGACAAAUGCAUUUAUUUUCCUCUGCUGCAGUGCUAUGUUUAACGUCUGUCAUGUCAUUUGAUAGCUGCAGUCGUUAAAGCUCAUGGAUAGCCAGGCCAACCUUUGCUUAGUAGGCUGUUUUCCUGACCUGUGCAGCUGAGAUGUGACUCACUCACCGUCAGGAGCAGUGCACUCUAAAAGCCAAUCUGCUGUGAAUUUGUAAUUUGCUUUUCCACUCGUGUGAUUUGUUCCUGCAGUUAUACUCUGGUUUGAAUCCUGUCCGUGUGCCUAAAUGCGCUGAUGGGGGAGAGGGGCUGCAUAAUUCUGUUGCACGGCAUGUGAACCUCCCUCUGUGCUGUUGGAGCCAGUGAUGCAAACACUGUCGUAGCAUUAACAGAGGGUAUUUCAAGGGCUUCAACAGAGAUACAUUAAACAGCAUACGCUCACAACAGAGCCAAUUCAACCACAUGCAGAAGAAGUUUACAUGCAUGCAUUUCCAGAGGGGUUAGAUAGCUUGAUUACAUUUCUGCUGCAAUACUUUAGCUAAAUACCGUAAUGCAUGAUGAUAACUGAUGCCGCCAUCUCACUGUCAUUCAUGCUCAUUGAGUAUACUAUACUGCCAAAGGUUUGCAUGUAAUCACUAUCAAUAGACACUCAACAAAACUGUAGAGGGACAGAUCACGGAAACAUUUAUUGUUUUCUGAGCAGUUUCUUUUUGUUCCUAUAUUUACAACUACAGUUCACCAUAUUUUGUUUUUCCACAGGGUAUAAAUGACUGCCCUUGUUUAUCUAAUUCUUCUGACCUUGUCCAACUCGCAUUCUUCCAUUCAAGAUGCCCCCCCCCCCCCCCUUCAAAUCCUCCAAUGGAAUCUGCAGCAAGUCUCCUUACGUCAGCAACAUUGCAGGACCUCUGUGCUCCUUCAUUCAGCCCGUAUCUUCUCCUGCACUCAUUAGUGCCAGAGGUAGAGGUGACAAGAACGGUCACACAAUCUCAAAGUGAUAAAAUGCACAACAGAAGGUGCUGCAGAGAAUUAGCUAUACUUCUAGAGAAGCCAGCACAAAAACUAAAGUGCAUGCAAUGGAGUCUUAAGAGUGGAGUUUGGUGCAGUGCACAAUUUACAUUCUACUGUAUAUUGAUUACAUCUGUAUACCCCAUGGGAAGGAGUAUUGAGCAUCGUGACUGUAGGGUGGAUUUUAGUUCUAUCCUCUGCAUUUUAAAUGGCUUUAUGCAGCAUGUCAUUACUACUUAAGUAGCCUGCCUCAGCUUUCCCUGUAAAGACUUUAUGUUUGCGGUAGUUAAAAGUGAUAUCCAAAUGGAUUUUUCGCAUUCAAAAAAACAUUCAAAGUGAAAUAUAUUCCACUUUAAGGGCCUCCAAUCUUCAUCUUCUACAGCAUAUUUUACAGAACGCUAUCAUUUCAAAAUAAAUAGCCGUUUUUCCUGAUUGUGCACUAAACACACACACACACACACAUACACACACACACACACAAGGGCUGAGGGAUUAACCAUCUUGUCCUUGUCCAGUCCUUUGUUUCAAAGGAUGCCCAAUCAAUCAAACCACUUGUUUUUUAAAUUCGAUCUGUCAAAUCAAUAUUAAGGCUUGCUUAACAUAAGAAAGUUAUUUCAUUAAUUUGCAUAUAUAAUAUGCACCUGGACGUUAGGUUCUGGGUGUGUAGGUUAUAACAAUAACAGGAUAUCUACUGUAUCUUGAUGUUGUCACAUACAGGCAUAAAAAAAACAUAUUAAAUGAUUUAAAAGAAAAGUAUUUUGUAGUACUGCAGUACUGCUCAGCAUCUGGUUGAAAUGUAUUGUCAAACAGUUUAUUUACUGUUUAUAAUCUAAUAAAGCAAACAUUUUAAUAUGAUGAACAGUUUUAAAGGUGCCUCUCUUAAGGGGCAUGUGGGCAAUGAUUCACUCUCACUGCAGACAAAGCUCUUGGUAGCUCUUUCAUCUCAUACCGAUUUAUUUGCGCUCUGUUUGAUCGGGAUGCUUGUUAAAAGCUCUUUAAGAUAAAUCAAACCAUUACGUCACAUGCAGCAGAGUGAAAGCUUACAGUGCUUUGUGUGCACAAAGGUCUGUUAGGCCUUCUGCUGUAUACCUGUAAAAGUCUACUGCACCACGGGUGCUAUAGGGAAAUCAUAUUACCUGGAAAAGCAAGCUUUCGUAGCACAUUAAAAGUUGAAACAGGCCAGCUGUCUUGCUGCAGUAUAGGUUCUCAAAUCUUUCGUAUUUUCAUUUUGUUAAAUACAUCCACUUGAAGUUGUAUGGAGAAAUAUGAAAACCAUUAGACCUAAAUAUAAUCAAAACCCAUUUUGGAGAUUUUGUUGUCAAUACUUCUAAUUUCAGAUUAACACAACACAGUUGGUGUUUUGGUAGGCCUAUAGGCGCUAAAAAUAGGCCAGUGACAAAGACCACAUUUUUAGUAGCCACAUACACCAUGCACAUCUAUUUCUUAUUUUAAAAUAGGCCUAGUUAAUGUCAUCCUUUAAAAUAAAUAAAUAAAUAAUGUUGAACAUAUGAAUAUAUGAAUCAUCAGUCCAUAAAAUUAAAAUAUGUUGGUAUUAUUUAGUUCAGAUGGGAAUUAUUUUGAAAAAACUAAUAAUACCCUGUGAAGAAUAGCGUUGUAGUAUUAUUUAACAUUGUUGUGGGCUAAUAUGAAACAAUGUGCAGUGAGAAUGCCAUAGGGACUUUCCUAGUAUUUAUUUAUUUUGGUUCCUUAAUAAUUGAUGCAUUUGAAAUAGAUGACAAGGCGAUACCCUGGCAAGCCCUACAUGUGAAGUGUUCACGAAGCUUCUUCGGUGCGUGUUCACCCUCGUCGAAGACCGCUCGUUCUCACGCUGGAAUGGCGCUUGAUGCUGCUGGAUAGCUGCUGCUGCUGAUGCUGCUGCUGCGGCGGCUGCUGUGGACAGCCUCUCUGCAUCCCAUCCUUCCCCCUCCCCCCUCGCGGACAAAUCGGAAUGGUUUCUUCCAGGCGAACCUGUCACUGUCACCGCGGCGGUGACGGCAGCCGAAGUGUGAGAGCAGUGUGUGUGUGUGUGUGUGUGUGUGUGGGGGGGGAGAGAGAGAGAAGGAAGGCUUCACCCACUGCCUGCCAUUGCAGUGCGGCGGCUGCUGCUCUGGAGCCACACCAGCAAGAUCUUCCCAUUCCCUUUUUUCUGUAAGAUUUUCACAAGCACGGCGUGAGGACCAUUGCUUUUACUAAAGAGUGCAGCAAUGGAGGAGACUGUCAUCUGGGAACAGCACACAGUAACACUACACAGGGCACCAGGGUUUGGCUUCGGGAUAGCCAUAUCAGGAGGUCGGGAUAACCCUCAUUUUCAGAGUGGCGAGACCUCCAUUGUCAUCUCGGAUGUGCUGAAAGGAGGCCCAGCAGAAGGCCUACUGCAGGAAAAUGACCGAGUCGUUAUGGUCAAUGCUGUCUCCAUGGACAAUGUGGAGCACGCAUACGCCGUCCAGCAGCUUCGUAAAAGUGGGAAAAUUGCCAAAAUUACAAUCAGGCGGAAGAGAAAGGUGCACGUCCCCAUGGGCCGCCUCGGGGAGAGGGAAACUAUGUCGGAGCACGACGAGGAGGAGGACGACAGUUACGAUGAAGAGAUAUACGAGACGCGGAGCGGACGCAGCGGCGCUUACAGCGGUGUGGGCGGGGCCAUGGGCAGGCGCAGUGGGCGGAGCAGCGGGCGACGGGACAGGGAGCGUGAACGCAGCGGCUCGCGGGAGAGGAGUCUCUCCCCUCGCUCAGACCGCCGCUCGCACAACCUGCCCCCGCGACCCGCAAAAGUCACACUUGUCAAAUCUCGCAAAAAUGAAGCAGAAUAUGGCCUGCGCCUGGCCAGCCACAUCUUUGUCAAGGACAUUUCCCCCGAGAGCCUGGCAGCCAGAGACGGCAACAUCCAGGAAGGAGAUGUUGUUCUGAAGAUCAACGGCACAGUGACAGAAAACCUCUCCUUGAUAGACGCCAAGAAGCUGAUAGAAAGGUCAAAGGGCAAGCUAAAAAUGGUCGUGCAGAGGGACGACAGGGCGACCCUGCUGAACAUCCCUGACCUCGAUGACAGCCUUGCUUCAGCCAACGCCUCCGACAGAGACGACAUUUCAGAUAUCCAUUCUCUGGCAUCCGACCAUUCCAAUCGAUCGCAUGACAGACAUCGUAGCAGCCGCUCCCGCUCUCCAGACAGAAGAUCUGAACCCUCAGACCACUCCAGAAACUCACCCCCACAAAUCAGCAAUGGCAGUCACAGAAGUCGUGAUGACGAACGGAUCUCAAAGCCGUCUUCAACUCCCGUGAAGCUACCGGAGGAGGUUCCCCUGCCAAAACCGAAGGAGUCGGCUAUUGCUAGAGAGGAGAAACAGCUCCCACCACUCCCAGAGCCCAAGCCGGUGUAUGCUCAGCCUGGACAGCCAGAUGUAGACCUGCCAGUCAGUCCCUCUGAUGCCCCGGUGCCAAGUGCUGCCCAUGACGAUGGCAUCCUACGGCCAAGCAUGAAGCUGGUGAAGUUCAGGAAAGGGGAGAGCGUGGGGCUGCGGCUGGCCGGGGGGAAUGACGUGGGCAUCUUUGUAGCCGGAGUGCUUGAGGACAGCCCAGCUUCCAAGGAGGGCCUGGAGGAGGGCGACCAAAUUCUCAGGGUAAACAAUGUAGAUUUUGCGAACAUAAUCCGAGAGGAGGCGGUGCUGUUCCUCCUAGACCUUCCGAAGGGUGAAGAGGUCACCAUUCUGGCCCAGAAGAAGAAAGAUGUGUAUCGGCGGAUUGUGGAGUCGGACGUCGGCGACUCCUUCUACAUCCGGACACACUUUGAGUACGAGAAGGAAUCUCCGUAUGGGUUGAGCUUCAACAAGGGGGAGGUGUUCCGUGUGGUGGACACCCUCUACAACGGGAAGCUGGGCUCCUGGCUGGCCAUUCGCAUCGGCAAGAAUCACCAAGAGGUGGAGAGGGGCAUCAUCCCCAACAAAAACAGAGCAGAGCAGCUGUCCAGCGUGCAAUACACUCUCCCCAAGACGGCGGGUGGCGACAGGGCUGACUUCUGGAGGUUUCGUGGUCUUCGGAGCUCAAAGAGGAACCUGAGGAAGAGCAGAGAGGAUCUCUCUUCUCAGCCAGUCCAGACAAAGUUCCCGGCUUAUGAAAGAGUUGUACUGAGAGAGGCUGGUUUCCUGAGACCUGUGGUGAUAUUUGGGCCGAUCGCUGAUACUGCUCGAGAAAAACUCUCCAGAGAAGAGCCAGAUCUUUUUGAGCUUGCAAAGAGUGAACCGAGAGAUGCAGGAACAGACCAGCGUAGUUCAGGAAUCAUUCGUCUUCACACCAUCAAGCAGAUCAUUGACAGAGACAAACAUGCUGUCCUGGACAUCACCCCGAACGCUGUGGACAGGCUGAACUAUGCUCAGUGGUACCCGAUUGUAGUCUUCCUAAAUCCUGAUACUAAGCAGGGUGUGAAGAACAUGAGGACCAGACUGUGUCCAGAGUCCAGGAAGAGCGCCAGGAAGCUCUAUGAGAGAGCCAUCAAACUGAGGAAGAAUAAUCACCACCUGUUCACCACCACCAUCAACUUGAACAAUAUGAAUGAUGGCUGGUACGGAGCUCUGAAAGAAACAAUCCAGCAGCAGCAGAACCAGUUGGUGUGGGUGUCAGAGGGCAAGGCGGAUGGCACUACAGAGGAUGACCUGGACAUCCACGACGACCGUCUGUCCUACCUGUCUGCGCCAGGAAGUGAAUACUCCAUGUACAGCACGGACAGCCGCCACACCUCUGACUACGAGGACACGGACACGGAGGGCGGAGCGUACACAGACCAGGAGCUGGACGAGACACUGAACGACGAAGUGGGUCUGCCCACGGAGCCCGCCAUCACCCGCUCAUCCGAGCCUGUGCGAGAAGACCCGCCUGUAAUUCAGGACACCCCUGGUUAUCCUGGAUACCAGCACCCUGUGCAGCCCGACCCAGCCAGUCGCAUAGACCCUGCUGGGUUCAAGAUGGCCGCUCCGCAACAGCGAGAUGAGGCUGCUCUGCCCAUGCCCUCGUUGCCUCCGCCGGCGGUAGCGCCCCCUGCUGUUGAGCAGCCUGUACAGCUUGAGGGUGUGCACCUAGAGGAGCCGCCUGCUGCAGCCGCAGCUCCUCAGGCGGACUCACUUAGCAGCCCCAGCCCUGCCCCUGAGCUUAUUCAGCCCCCAUCACCACAUGAACCCCACCCAUCUGGACCGCCUGGUCCAGAACCAAAGAUGUACAAGAAAGAUCUGUACAAUAUGGAGGACCCUGUGCGAAUCAACCAUGGCCUGAAGCAGUCUUUGAGCUACUGUCACCAGCCGUUCCAGGACAAACAGCCAUACCGCGAUUACGACCACCUGCCUUACGGAUACGAUGGAGGCGGCUUCACCGAUCCAAAGCCUCAUAACACUGACUCUCACCUGCACUACGACAACCGUGUGCCUCAUUACAACGAACAGUGGCCCCCCUAUGACCAGCAGACCUCGUCCUCCCAGCCCGCAGGGUACCAGCCGGGCCACCAGCAACCCAUGGGCUACAGCCCCCGGUCGCCCUACGACGACGGACCGGGCAGGGACUACAGCCCCACCCAGCCGCGUUACGAUGAGGCCCCUCCGGUGGGCUACGACGGCAGACGACGGCACAGUAAACCUGGGCCCAUUCGUUACGAUGAGCCCCCGCCCCCAGCUGGCUAUGACGCCCGCUCCCCCUAUGAGGCAGAACCUCACGGCUUCCCCAUUAAUUCACCCCGAUCGCCGGAGCCCCCAAAGCAGUAUUACAGUGACUCUGGUCUGAGGCCCACCUACAUUCCUGGGCCUGCAAACCGUGGCUUUAAGCAAGGGAUGCAUGACCCUAUGAUGAACUCUGAAUCCACAAUUCCCCCUCCUAAACCAGAGACCCUGCCCUCUCCCGGCGAGCCAGCGAUCACUCCAGGCUCCAAACCCCUCCCUCCUCCGCCACGGGAAGGCCUGGACGAGGACCCGGCCAUGAAGCCACAGUCGGUGCUCAACAGAGUGAAGAUGUUUGAGAACAAACGCUCUGUUUCUAUGGACAGGGCUAAAGAAGGAGGAGAAUCAGCUCUCAGGCCUGCAGAUGUUCCUAAACCUGUGAUUGCACCUGGCCCAGUCCUCAAAGCCAAUUCCCUCAGCAACCUGGAGCAGGAGAAAUCCACCUAUAGGGCCCCUGAGCCACAGAAGCCCCAUCAUAAACCCCUGGAUGAUGUAAUGCGGUCUAACCACUAUGACCCAGAUGAGGAUGAGGAGUACUACAGGAAGCAGUUGUCCUACUUUGAUCGCCGCAGCUUCGACAGCAAGGCCAUGGGCCAACCCAGUCCUGGCAUCAACCGCUUCCACGAUCUGCCCAAACCAGCUCAGCUGUCCUACCCGUACAACAGAGUUGAGUCUGUAGAGAAGGUGAGUCCAGUGGAGAAAAGAUAUGAACCCUUGCCCCAGAUCAGCCCCUCAUCACAGCGUCCAGCGUCCGCCAUCCCACCCAACGCACUGCUCAAGCUCAGCCCCAAUGACGCGAACUCCAUACCCGAGCCAUUGGGUUCACCCAAUCCCAAACCCGAGCUGCCGGCUCUCAGGCCGGCUAGCAGAGACGAACCCACUCCUGGCGGCUACCUGCCCCCGAGGGGCAUCCCCGACAAAUCCCCAGUCAAUGGCACCGAAACGGCAAAGACGCUGGGCGCUCCUGCUCCAACGAGCUAUAACCGCUAUGUCCCCAAGCCGUACACCAGCUCAGCCCGGCCCUUUGAGCGCAAGUUCGAGAGCCCCAAGUUCAACCACAACCUGCUGCCCAACGACACACAGGUGAAGACGGACCUCCUCAGCAAGCCCAGUGUGGUGAGCAACAGCAGCGGGAAGCCUGCGCUGUCACCACAGCCCCUGGACCAUGACAGUGGUCUGGACACCUUCACACGCACUAUGGACAACAGGCCCAAAUACCAGCACAAUAACAUCAACGCCAUUCCCAAGGCCAUCCCUGUAAGCCCCAGCACGCUGGAUGAUGACGACGAGGACGAAGGCCACACGGUGGUGGCCACCGCCCGGGGGAUCUUCAACUGUAACGGAGGGGUCCUGAGCUCCAUCGAGACGGGCGUCAGCAUCAUCAUCCCUCAGGGUGCCAUCCCCGAGAGCGUGGAGCAGGAGAUUUACUUCAAGGUGUGCCGGGACAACAGCAUCCUGCCCCCCCUCGACAAGGAGAAAGGAGAAACGCUGCUAAGUCCGCUGGUGAUGUGUGGCCCGCAUGGACUCAAGUUCCUGAAGCCGGUGGAGCUGCGCUUACCUCACUGUGCGUCUAUGACCCCUGAUGGUUGGUCUUUUGCUCUAAAAUCCUCCGACUCCUCGUCGGGUGAUCCCAAAACCUGGCAGAACAAAUCUCUCCCCGGAGACCCAAACUACCUGGUGGGUGCAAACUGUGUGUCUGUGCUCAUUGACCACUUCUGAAGAGGAUAACAGCUGGCCUGUUACUGAAUGUGAUAAACAGGGGACCUCAUUUGCCCCUGCCGGGCUCCCUCCCCCGUGGCAGGGUGCACGAUGCUCGAUGAAGUAUGAACCUGAUACUCUCACGUUGUUAACUGUGCCCAAAAAUUUAAAAAAAAAUAAGAAAAAAUCGACACACACACAAGGAGAGUCGAAGGAGUCCAGCAUCCCCAACGCUGUACUCUUGUUCGUUUCUUUCUUUCUAUUUCGGUGCUUUCAAGGCUUGCAAAAAAUAAAGAUUCAAACAAGUUAUUCAAACAAGGGAACUGAAGUUGGAAUGCAUGACCAGUGCCACAGACUGAAUAAUCUCGUUUUGACUUUUUUUAUUUUUUUUUUAGCUAAUUUUGUAAAAGGUCAGAGCGGUGCAGGAAAAAGGAGAAUUUUGGAAACUCAUUUAAUAGUGCAAUGGGAUUUUUUGCGUACUGAAAAAAAAAAAACAAGCAACACUCACAAACAGCAAAGUUGGUAUAUGCAAAACUUUUGUUUGUGAGUUCUGUGGUCAUGCGUUUCACUCGUGAAGGAUCUCUGAGGACUUGAGAAAUGCUGAGUCCGACUCACGAAGGAAGACGUAGGCAUCGCAAAGAUGAAGAAAAAAAAAACAAUAAGAAGAAGAAUGAAGGUUAAGUAUUAGUAUCAGAUGCCCGUUUGUUGUGACGGGGCUGUCUCUGUUUAAAACUGAUGUUUUGUAGCAAUGUUUUACCGUAGAUAAGUAUACUGACUUGAUUUUACAAACUCCUGCUGUCUAGAGAUCUAUGCAUGUGCUAUGACUCAGGUCCAGAAGCCUGCUACUACUAAGUUCAACACAUGAAAACCCCAUCGUACACUGCAAGCAGUGAUGCCUUAUCUGCAUAUUAACUUUUCAGUGAAACUUUAAAAACAUCGGUUCCUUCAGUUAUCGCGAUCACUGCGGAAAGAAAAAGUCGUCUCUGCAUUUUCUCAUAAACCGUGAACUUGGAUUUAGCACACGAGAAUAAUUGAGGCUGAUGAAAAGGUACGCUUUCUUUUACUGCUAUGCAUAUGAAGUUUGAGGAAAUUCAAAAAGCUAGAAGAUGAUUAAAUUGUUGCUGUACAUAUUGCUAGUAUAUGGCCUUGGUUCUCUGUAAAUGAACUUUUGUACAUCUUUGUUAUUUUGUAUAAAAGAGAAAACGUUUGUUUAAAAAGAGAAAGCGGUUACAUUGGUUAUGUUUGUAUUCUGGUUAUACCCCUGAGCCUUGGAACUGACAUAAGCAGUAAUAAGUCUGACUUUUCUACCAACAUAUACACACACACACACACUACUUAAGGCAUUUUUAACAGUCAGAAAACUUUUUAUUCUUAUUUACAAAAUAGAGAAGUGCUUGGUUUAAAUGAUUUUAAAAGAUGUACUUGAGGGGGUCUGCUGUGAAGAGUGGUCCCUUCCUUUAUUUGUGAUACUGGAUGCUGUAUUGUGUGCCCUGAAAUGUAUUUUUGUACUAAUAGACAAUUUAUUAUGGCACAUCAGUACAAUUUUCUUUUGAUAUGAUAACACUGCUUCAACCCAACACUAGUUGAUUUCCCCGUGCGACUGACAUUUUUAUUUAUUUUUCUUUGGUUCAACUUCUUUUUUUUUUGUUUCUCAUUUGCGUCACAUUUCUAAGUAUACCACUGUAUUAAUAAAUAAAUUCAUUUUUAAAGUAA